ACGGUUUUUCCGACUUGAAGUGAUCACGUGAUCACUGUUUUCUACGUGGGGUCACAGCGGCUUGUAUGGACAAUUAUAAUACCAGAUAUCUUAUUAAAGGAUACAUACUAUGUUAAGCAGGAGUGACACCAAUGAAAAAUAAAAACGUUAUUAACUAACAACAAUUAGGAUGGCUCUAUCAAAAUACGACUCAACUCGGGAGACUACAAACCUAGCUCGUGUAGCCCGGAUAAUCCUAGGCCCUUGCACCGACGUACUACGCGCUGUUCUGAAAAAAGAGAUGCUUCCAGCCGCAUUGUUACACAAUGUUAAAGUUUUUAUGGCCAAUCUUCCAAAAUACACGAAGCCUCCAAUCAGUAAAACUCAAUUACAACAAGUUAAUAGCGGAGACUACUCAAAUUUUGACAUCCCGCUGCUCUACGUCCUUUUGCGCAACAUUUGUUCAAUCCCUGAACAUAGACUAAAAUGGGGAAAUAAACCUAGCCGAACAGAUAGGAGUGUGUCAGCAAAUAUUGAGAGAAUUCGUUUGGUUAGAAACGAGUAUUACGGACACGCGACCCACUUUGCUAUCCUGGAUACGGAGUUUAUAAACCAAUGGAAGGAGCUCUUGUUAAUUGUAAUUGAGUUGGAGGCGUACAUUGGUAGCUCAACUGAUCUCCAAGACGCUGUGAAAGAGAUCAAGUCGUGUCCCAUGGACAGAGAAGUAGAACAGAAAUUCAUAGACAAAUUGCUCCUUAUUGAAGAACUGCAAGACAGAAUAGCAAGUCUAGAAAAUACAAAGGUUCCUUUUCUUCUAAAAGAUAUUUCGAAAUGGAAAGAAGAUGACAAAGUGUUUUUUGAAACUCACACCUUUUCAUCGAUGCUUGAAAAAGUAAGAAGCCAGCCAUACGUGAUGUUUGUUGGUGUUCCAGGCUCAGGGAAGACGGCAACAGUACGUCACAUUGCCCUCGUAUUGCAGGGAGAAGGGUACGACAUAUUGUCAAUUAAAAAUAUAAAUGACAUUGAGACUUACUGUGAUCCACAGAAUCCUCAAGUGUUUGUUAUAGAUGACGUGUUGGGAAAGUUUGGCCUAGACGUGACUAUGUAUAAUAUAUUUAAAAAGUAUGAAGAUAUUUUGACAACACCAAAAAUGUCAAAAACCAAGGUUCUUAUGACAUGUCGCGAGCUUGUGUAUAGAAAUGAAAAAUUAUCAACACAUUUUUUGAGUCAAGAACGUAAUGUAGUAUUGUUAAAUAGUACGGAUAAUGUGCUUAAUGAUUAUGACAAACUUAAAAUAUUAGCACGGUAUCAAAUAGGAUCUGAUGUGUUGUCCUCAGAUGAAAUCAAAUCAUCAUCAAAUAUGUUUCCACUUUUAUGCAAGUUGUUUUCAUCAAAACCAAACUUUAAAGAUUAUGGUUCAACAUUUUUCAUAUCACCAGUUCCAUGUAUUUUGGACGAAUUAGACAAAAUGAGAACAGAAUCCAACGAGUUUUAUGCCUCCUUAGUUUUAUUAGUGGUCAAUCAAAACAAGUUAUCUAAAGAUAUCUUAGACAACAUUACAAAUGCCAAUGAUGAAAGCAACGGUAAUGAAAAGAAAAGUAACAUUUUAGAAGCCUGUAAAGUGAGAAAAGAUUUGGAAAGCUUCAGGAUCAUCGAUGCUUUGUCAGAGAUGGAGAAAACCUACACAAGGAGGUUCGGUAGUGAGUUUACCUUUGUUCACGACUCCAUGUUUGAAAUUGUUGCGUAUCAUUUUGGUUGUCAGUUUCAAGGUUUGAUACUACAAUACAUGAGCAGUGAUUAUAUUGCCCAUUACAUCAAAUUGAAGACAUCUGAUAGUGAGAACAUAGAAAAUGAAGAAAAGACAUGUAAAGACAAUAAGCAGAUUAAUAAAAGUACUGUAGAAAGUAGUGUAAUUGAUCUGUGUAUAAAGUUACAAGGAUCACUUCAUAAAGCAUUUGCAGAACGUUUGUAUAUAGACGUAGAGAAUGGGGAGUGGUAUAACGUUUUUGGUAAUGAAGCUCUGAAACGCCCGUCAGUGUUUCAAGCAUUUAUUGAAGUGAUGGCGGAAAAACCUUAUCCAAAACUAAAAUCCUUAUUUUUUUCGGAUAUGAAAGACACAACAAACUUACGUCACUAUGUAAACCAAGUAGAUCGCUUUCAUGAAAGUGGUGGCCUUGAAAGGUUGAUCAAAGGAAUGUUGAUCAACGAGAGAUUUAGCAGAUAUUAUGAGACCAGUGUAAGGGCCAUUAGCUGGGUCAUUUAUUAUGGACAUAAUCAACUUUUACGUUACAUAAUAGAUAGAACUAUACGCCAGCACAGCAACAGCUAUGAUCUUUUCCGAAAUUCAUACAAUGAAUGCAAAGAAAAUUAUCCAGACGUGAUCAAACGUGGUACCAACAACGAGUCAGAAUUUAUUCCAGAUAAUGUCCUGACAGACGAACAAGAAAAUGAUAAUGACAAUGUGCCAAAAAGUUCUGGAGACGAUUUUAUGUCAGGCGAUCAAGAUAAUGUUACUUUGGGUAUGUUAAACUGUUUUUUGCUCUGCUUUGGCUAUUGUGUAACAUCGGAUUCACAUAGUAACAACACAAGUAAGUUUCCUUUGACACCAUGUGCAAUUGAGAGCGAUGAAUAUUAUAGAAAAACAGACGAAUCAGAAAAACACCCAAACAGUAUUGAUGAUGACAUGGAAGUUGUUGACAGAAACAUCGAAUCGGAGAUUGACUCAUACAUUGAACCUGUCAUUGUAGAACAAAAUCGGCUGCUCUGUCUUGGUUGUUAUAGCGGUGAUAUUACCACCGUAACUACACUACUUAAACACGUUGAUAAACAUGCAAUUGACAUAACAGAAAGCUGUCACAGACGAUCUUAUUGGGUAAUGAAUCCACUAUCUAUUGCAUGUUCUCUGGGAUAUUUAGAAAUCACAAAAACAUUGAUAAAUAUUGAGGCUAAUAUCAAUCAUAAAACUGAUAUAUUCACACCACUCAUUGGUGCUUGUGAAAAUGGUCACAUUAGUGUAGUUGAAUUGUUGAUAGAUACAGGAGCUGAUGUCAAUGCUGUGUGUACAAAUAAAUCACCACUGACAGUUGCAUGUCGACAAGGAUAUUCAGAUAUAGUUUCAACUCUGAUAAAAAGAAAUGCUAGUGUAAACCUUUAUGACGGUAUGGAUACACCACUAACUGCAGCUUGUUCUGAUGAGCAUUUACAUAUUGUUGAAUCACUGAUUGAGGCCGGUGCUGCAGUAAAUCUUAACAUCAGUAACUGUACACCAUUAACAAAAGUAUGUUAUAAAGGACCUCUUGAUGUAGUUCAGUUAUUAAAUGAAGCAGGUGCUGAUGUGAAUCGCAAUGGUAGGGGGCGUACACCACUCACAAGGGCAUGUUAUUUUGGACAUUUAGAUGUAGUUCAGAAAUUGAUUGAGGCAGAUACUGAUGUUAACCUCAAUGACGGGAUGCGUACACCACUCACAAUAGCAUGUGAAAAAGACCAUCUUGAUGUAGUUCAGAAAUUAAUUGAGGCAGAUGCUGAUGUUAACCUCGAUGACGGGGAUUGUACACCACUUACAAAAGCAUGUUAUGAAGGGCAUUUAGAUGUAGUUCAGAAAUUGAUUGAGGCAGAUACUGAUGUUAACCUCAAUGACGGGAUGCGUACACCACUCACAAUAGCAUGUGAAAAAGACCAUCUUGAUGUAGUUCAGAAAUUAAUUGAAGCAGGUGCUGAUGUGAACCUCAAUGACGGGGAGCGUACACCACUCACAAUAGCAUGUCGAAAUGGACAUUUAAAUGUAGUUCAGAAAUUGAUUGAGGCAGGUGCAGAUGUGAAUCUCAAACACAGGGAGUGGACACCACUCACAAGUGCAUGCUAUUUUGGACAUUUAGAUGUAGUUCAGAAAAUGAUUGAGGCAGGUGCAGAUGUGAAUCUCAAUCCCAGGGAGUUGACACCACUCACAAGUGCAUGUUAUUUUGGACAUUUAGAUGUAGUUCAGAAAUUGAUUGAGGCAGGUGCUGAUGUGAACCUCAAUGACGGGGAGCGUACACCACUCACAAUAGCAUGUCGAAAUGGACAUUUAAAUGUAGUUCAGAAAUUGUUUGAGGCAGGUGCUGAUGUUAACCUCAGUGACAUUGAGUAUAAAAUACUUAUAAGCGCAUGUGAUGAAGGACAUUCAGAUGUAGUACAGAAAUUGAUUGAAGCAGGUGCUGAUGUGAAUCGCAAUGACGGGGAGUCUACACCACUCACAAAUGCAUGUUGUUUUGGACAUUUAGAUGUAGUUCAGAAAUUGAUUGAAGCAGGUGCUGAUGUGAACCUCAAUGACGGGGAGCGUACACCACUCACAAUAGCAUGUCGAGAUGGACAUUUAGAUGUAGUUCAGAAAUUGAUUGAGGCAGGUGCAGAUGUGAAUCGCAAUCACAGGGAGUGUACACCACUCACAAAUGCAUGCUGUUUAGGACAUUUAGAUGUAGUUCAGAAAUUGAUUGAGGCAGGUGCAGAUGUGAAUCUCAAUCCCAGGGAGGUGACACCACUCACAUGUGCAUGUUGUUUUGGACAUUUAGAUGUAGUACAUAAAUUGAUUGAAGCAGGUGCUGAUGUGAACCUCAAUGACGGGAAGCGUACACCACUCACAAUAGCAGGUGAAAAAGAUCAUCUUGAUGUAGUUCAGAAAUUGAUUGAAGCAGGUGCUGAUGUGAACCUCAAUGACGAGGAGCGUACACCACUCACAAUAGCAUGUCGACAAGGAUAUUCAGAUGUAGUUCAGAAAUUGAUUGAGGCAGGUGCAGAUGUGAAUCGCAAUCACAGGGAGUGUACACCACUCACAAGUGCAUGCUGUUUAGGACAUUUAGAUGUAGUUCAGAAAUUGAUUGAGGCAGGUGCAGAUGUGAAUCUCAAUCCCAGGGAGUGGACACCACUCACAUGUGCAUGUUAUUUUGGACAUUUAGAUGUAGUACAUAAAUUGAUUGAAGCAGGUGCUGAUGUGAACCUCAAUGACGGGAAGCGUACACCACUCACAAUAGCAGGUGAAAAAGACCAUCUUGAUGUAGUUCAGAAAUUGAUUGAAGCAGGUGCUGAUGUGAACCUCAAUGACGGGGAGCGUACACCACUCACAAUAGCAUGUCGAGAUGGACAUUAAGAUGUAGUUCAGAAAUUGAUUGAGGCAGGUGCAGAUGUGAAUCGCAAUCACAGGGAGUCUACACCACUCACAAAUGCAUGUUGUUUUGGACAUUUAGAUGUAGUUCAGAAAUUGAUUGAGGCAGGUGCAGAUGUGAAUCUCAAUCCCAGGGAGUGGACACCACUCACAUGUGCAUGUUAUUUUGGACAUGUAGAUGUAGUACAUAAAUUGAUUGAAGCAGGUGCUGAUGUGAACCUCAAUGACAGGAAGCGUAUACCACUCACAAUAGCAUGUCGAAAUGGUCAUUUAGAUGUAGUUCAGAAAUUGAUUGAGGCAGGUACUGAUGUUAACCUCAACUAGAGAGGAGCCUGUGUCAAAGCUAGGAGUAGGUCUUUCAUUGUUGCUGCGAGUUGAAAGUUUAUAUGAUUUGGUGUCACACGAUUAUAAUGACUAAUGACUAAAAUUUCACUUCUGCCUUUGUUAUAAAACGUGCUGUGAUUGAAAGCCUGUAUAAAGACAGGAAGAAAAUGUUUUAGGAAAACUAUUUGUCGAACAGAGUUUGCGUUAUUGUUUUAAAAACUCUUUAAGGCCCUGUCACACCAAGCUGCGUUCCCAGGGCGUGUUCACGGCGUUGUAAAAUUCAUGGAAUCGCCUUUUGAUUCAGAAAUAAUAUACAAUCAUACAAAAUUUUACAAGUGAAAAUGUCACGGCAUCCUGACGGCGACUGGGGCGUUCUAACAGAGAUCCAAACUACGUGUCCACAGAGUUUUACUUGGUGAUUGACUGCGCUCUGGCUGGGUAUCCGUCGAGCGCUCAUGACGUGCUAGCAGUUUUUACCGCGCGUCCACGGCGUGCUCUGCGCGCUGACUGCGUGCACAUGCGCUGUUGGAGACUUUACGGCGCUGUCACGGCGACCUAACUCCACUUCUACGGCGUGUUUAUCAAAACGCAGAGCCACGGCAUUUACUUUGUGCAUGUUCAAAGUGCGCGCCGUCGCAUGGCGUUCUAAAAUAUUCUAGGAUAUCCCAACGCUGCGAACAAUGAUGCCGUUGCGUUGGUAUGGCGCUUUAGGAGACUCUAGUUCGUUUACCAUGGCGUUUUACAAUAUUCAAUGACGCAGCGGGAUCGCUGUGAGGACACAGCUCCAGUGUGACAGGGGUUUAAACAAUGAGAAGUUUAAUGGCGAGUUUCAGGGUAGCAAGGAUUGUUAUAUACAUGUACUCGUGAUUCAUGUAAGGAAAUAUAUUUUUUUUUUAAACGAACCCGCCUUAAAAACACGUAAUUUCUGUUAUUAAAUCUUUCUAAUUUUUGGAAGACGGUGUGCAAGUUUGAAAUUGUUGCGUGCUGUCAAAAUUUGGUAAAUAGUCAAAAUUGAUGGCAUCUCUGAAAAUUUCUUCAGGGCUGAUAUUAUUUAAUAAUUUGGUAAAUAGUCAAAAUUGAUUGCAUCUCCGAAAAUUUCUUCAGGGCUGCUAUUAUUUAAUAAUACGAGUAGACUUGAACAUUCAAAAUAAUAAUCAGCUAUCAAAGAUCAUCGGGAGAAUUUAUGCAUAAGUGAGCGUCUAAAUUUUACACCUGAUAUACAGACACCGCUAUGUAAUGUAACGUAAAAUUAAGUAACAUUAUUUACAGAAAUGAUAUGCAAAAUCCCUAUUUCUAUGUCAGUUUUUUCUCCUUUAUCGGAUCAAAAGUAAUUCUCUCAGAGAAAGUUUACGUAUGUUUUUUGAAAAAAAAAAAACACGGGAGAAAAUGCAAUAAAAAUAAGCGAAAAAUAAUGGUGUUACGGUGGGGGUUUUUUCAGUUAAUUUAAUUAAAUGUGACAAAGGGCAUAUUUUGUCGGAUUUUUGUGAAAAUGUGAUGAAAGUCUUAUUGUUUAAUAAUUGACCACUUUGAAGAAAGCACCCUUCAAACUGUUGAUCAAUUACAUAACAAUUGAUGAGUGAGGUUCUAAGUAGAGCCUCGGUCAGUUAAGAAUAAAUAAAUACAUCACGUGAUCACCAAAUUAAUUAGAGUUAUCUAUUCCGAAAUUAGUUUUGAACAAAGAAUUAAGAUUUUGAUUGGUCAGUACCUGGGCAGGGAAGCGCGGGUCUCCGUGGGUCACUCUGAUCGGAGACGCCAAUAAAACAACAAGUUUAAUUUUUUUUACGCCUUCCCUGGUUUUAUAUUUAACAGGUAUGAUUUGUGUUUAUUAGUUAAGUUUUACUUUUAUUAUUUUCGCUAUUUGAAACAAAAAUAUAAAUUCAUAGCAUAUUUGAGCUUUCAGGGUUGAUAAGUUAAUUUAAUGCAGUCUUAUACCAAAACUUAAGGACAAAACUAUUUAAAAGUUGGUUAUAUGUAUAUCUCAGUUAUAAUGAUUAGAAUUGAUUUCUUAUUUAAUUCAGUUAUUUUUCUUAUUACUUUACUUUGACCCGGAAUAUUUUAUGUUGAUCGUAGACGUUUAGAUUUUACAUUUAUAAUGUAUACACUCUCCGGUGUUUGGAGAUUUAACAAUUUAUUUGUGACAAAAUGCAGGUAAAUGUUUAAAUAGAGUUUGUACAUUGUUGCGCGUAUUAAUUAGCGGAGUCAGUAAACAGAAUGUUAAAGUUAAUUGAGUAAUUUGUUUUUAAUGUUAAAUGUUUCCAGUUAUGUGUACAUGUUAGUUAUAGUUUAAUUCGAAUUUUCUCGACGGAUAUUUUAGUAUUAAUAUUAUUGGGUUCUACAAUCAUUUGUUGUAUUGAAUAUUAUAAAUCUGAGGUAUAGAUAUAGAGUGAGUGUUUUAUAUUUGUUUGAGCAUUCUAUGAGUCACCAGGUUAAGGAAAGUUGGGUUCAUUUAAGUUUGUAAAUGCCAUUGAGCAUACAAAUUAGAUAUUGAUAUUUUAUUGUAACUGGUGACUAUUGCUUGUAAACACUCUGAUCGGAGACGCCAAUAAAACAACAACUUUAAUUUUAUUUUACGCCUUCCCUGGUUUUAUAUUUAACAGUCAUCCCAAACCGUUUGGACCGGAGACUGGAUCAAUCAAAGUACUGAAAGUACUGUUAGACGGUGGCGUCGUUUGAAAGUAGCAUAUUAGAUGUUUUAUAACUAUUGUCGUCGAAAACCGCGGCCAGUAUCGCAUACAUGUACUAAAACUUUACGCUUACUCGCACAACUGGUCGUGAAUUUCCUACAUGGAUAAUUCUGUGGAAAUCGUAGCUGUGAUCUAAAUCCACACUUUACAAAUGCUGUGUCUCUUGGCCGUCAUCUUUUGGGGAAAACCCAUAGAUUUAUCACUGUAGCCUUUGUAGUAUAGAAGUUUGUAUCUAUAUUUUGUAUCAAUGUUUGUAUCUAUAUCAGUUGACAUUAAAAACCCGUAUUCGGUAAUAA